AACUGAAGUACACAUUACUAAAAGUGAAAUAUAACCAAUACGACCUGCUCAACUCAACUCAAAGAAAAAACUCAGUUCAGUCACACAGUGCCACACCAUGAUCGGAACAACAUUAUUUCUCUAUUGAUACUCAACUAAAUUGAAGAAAAAAAAUUAAAUUAAAAUAAAAUAAAGAUGCGGUCGUUCGCGUUCGUAGUGAUAAUUUAUUUUGUGUUCACCAGAAUCAACUGUGACAUUAAUUCGAGUUACAUUGAAUCGAAAUACUCGUACUUAGGUUUGGUGAAUAAGACGAACAGCAGCAACUUUUCGCCGUUGAAGCUGAACCUGACGCUGGAAAAUGACAUCAAGUUGGAGCUGAACAUCAAGGAGACUUUGCUCAGCAGGGAGGAAAGGGGGAAGUUGUGCCUCAAAAAUGUCACCAGGUGCAGGCAAAAUGACUUUGAAUAUGAAACAACGACUUCGAUCCUGUCGAAAACGUUAUUCGCCAGGAGUCCACCCUUCGACCUAAGCAGGAUAAAGGGUGUGAGCCUGCAAUGCCAAAGAGAAAGCAAAAAAUACCUGAAGGACUUAGCCAAAUUUAAAAUGUGGGCAUUAAAAAUGUACGACUCCACUGCCAAGUUGCCUUCUGGAAUGUUAAAUGGCAACAUCAAUCAAUUAGGGGAUUUCGAUAUGUGUUUGAACGCCAUUUCAGAGGAGCAAGACAUUUAUGGGAAAUACUGCCUGGCUUACAUGCAAAUCGACGCUCCUCACAGCUCGUACCUGUCGGGGAUUCACAGAUUGAUCCACUCACAUUUUCACUUCAAAAGCAAACUAGAAGACCCUGGACACAGGGUGCCAAGGUUUUCUAGUGUGAAUUGGGCACUGUGUGUUCCCAGCUCCUGCUCUACCAAAGACGUGGAAAUUGGAUUGAAAGAGACUGUCAAUAGCUUUAUUAAAGACACUGAAAUUAAAGUCAAAUUUGAAGUUGAUCCUGCCAUGUGCCAGUCGAAAAAAGAUGCCAAAGAGAUACCAAGAUCAACCUGGAUUGCAGGUGGAAUAUUUCUGACUGUAAUUGUUGCUGUUCUACUUGCCUCAGUAUACGAAACUUAUACACCAAAAGAACAACAAAACGAAUGGAUUAUGGCUUUUUCACUUAAGAAAAAUCUUAAAUCCAUGUUCAAAAUUAACAAAAAUCCUAGUGAUAUCGAAGCAGUACAUGGAAUCAGAUUUUUAAAUGCCAUUUUGUUGCUGCUGGCUCACAAAUCUAUGGCCCUAUUUUUCUUGCCUUGGGCUAACAGAACAACAUACGUAGAAACUGUUAGUCAACCCUGGACCGUAAUUGGAAGAGCUGCCAGUCUAUACACGGACCCGUUCAUAAUGUUUUCCGGGGCCCUCACAACUUAUGCUUUACUUGGCCGAUUAGAGAAGAUGAAGAAAUUGAAUCUUUUCCAAGAAUAUGUUUCAAGACUGAUGAGAAUUUUGCCCACGUUCGCCGCCCUGAUUUCCUUCUGCACCUUCAUACUGCCCUGGCUGAACAACGGCCCCAUGUGGAACUUGGUGGUGACGCACCACUCGCACAUUUGCAAGAAGAACUGGUGGAGGAACUUGUUGUUCAUUCACAACUACUUCGGAUUUAAAGAAAUGUGUUUGACCCACACUCAUCACGUGGGUAUUGAUACACAGUUGUUCUUCACAUCACCAUUUCUAAUUUACACAAUUUGGCGUUGGCCUAAGAAUGGUUCUAUUGCACUUUUGGCAAUAGCCACCGUUUCCACUAUUAUGCGUUAUUAUGUAACGUACACGAUGAGACUGUCCAAUUACAUUCACUUUGGCACAUCAAUUCAAGAGUUGUUUGAUACAGCUGAUUAUAUGUACAUUUUACCAGUUCACAGAGCUACAGUCUACAUUAUGGGCAUAUUUUUGGGGUACUUGCUUCGAUUUCACAGAAAUACCACAUUAACCAUAGCUCAGCUUCGUAUAGGAAACGCAUUAGCUUUGUUCAGCUAUUUGACAUCAUUUUUGGUGCCAUCAUUUAUGGGUGACAUCGAUUAUGUCUACAAUCCAACGCAUGCAGCUUGGUACGCAGCAUUUGCACCCAUAUUAUGGUGUUUCGCAUUCGCCUGGAUCGUAUUCACCUCCCACAUAGGAUACAAAGGUUUCGUUGGGGAAAUGUUUUCUAAGCCAGUAUUUACGUUGUGGACCAAGAUUUCGUACACAGUGUACCUGACACAGUUCCCUGCGUAUUUCUACAACGUUGGAAUCACCAGGAGUCCCGAGAACUAUGAAUUUUUCAGGACAAUGUUCAACUUCAAGGAAUACUUGUGGAUACUGGUUUUGUCUUGCACAUUGACACUGUUGUUUGAGUCACCCUUCCAGAAUAUUAGGAAUAUAAUAUUCAGGAAGACUCCAAGGAAAAUUUCAGAAGUAGCAGUAGAGAAGAAGAUUUCGUAAUCUUUAAAAGACUAGCACGUAGUUUUAAGUUGUACAAAGUAUUUAUAAUUAAUUGUAUUGCAGUAUUUGUCUUAUCACAAAAAGGUUAUUUUUAUAGAUUUCUUGUUAAUUUAAUAAAAAAUAUUUAAAACAGAAA